CCGGCCUGAUAAAGGAGCUGAGGCCCUGCGCCCAGCGAGACCCCGCCCCUCCGGCGAGCAGAAGCAGCCCCUGCGGGACAGGGGUCUGCAUCGCUAUGGGUUCCACGACCGCCGCAGAGGGAGCCCUGGGCUACGUCCGUGAGUUCACCCGCCACUCCUCCGACGUGCUGGGCAACCUGAACGAGCUGCGUCUGCGCGGGAUCCUCACCGAUGUCACGCUGCUGGUUGGCGGACAGCCUCUUCGAGCUCACAAGGCCGUUCUUAUCGCAUGCAGUGGCUUUUUCUACUCAAUUUUCCGAGGCCGUGCAGGAGUCGGGGUGGAUGUGCUCUCUCUGCCUGGGGGCCCUGAAGCUGGAGGCUUUGCGCCUCUGCUGGACUUCAUGUACACUUCACGCCUCCGCCUCUCUCCCGCAACUGCACCAGCCGUCCUCGCGGCAGCCACCUACUUACAGAUGGAGCACGUGGUACAAGCAUGUCAUCGCUUCAUCCAGGCCAGCUAUGAACCUCUGGGCAUCUCGCUGCGACCCCUGGAGGCGGAACCCCCCACGGCCCCAACAGCUCCUCCACCAGGCAGUCCGAGGCGCUCCGAAGGGAACCCAGACCCACCUACUGAGUCUCGCAGCUGCAGCCAGGGCCCCUCCAGUCCAGGCAGCCCAGACCCCAAGGCCUGCAACUGGAAAAAAUACAAGUUCAUCGUGUUAAACUCUCAGGCCUCCCAAGCAGGGAGCCUGGCAGGGGAGAGGAGUUCUGGGCAACUUUGCUCCCAAGCCAGGCUCCCCAGUGGAGAUGAGGCUUCCAGCAGCAGCAGCAGCAGCAGCAGUGAAGAAGGACACAUUCUGGGUCCCCAGAGCAGGCUCUCUCCAACUGUUGCAUCUCUGCAGUUCAGAUAUGGGGCUUCAGCCAGUAGCCCUCAUCUCUUCACAACCCAGACUCGAGAGACCAAUGGAACACCAUUGGGGCAGGCUCAUCCGCCACCAGGAAGCGAUUUUUUCAGCUGCCGGAAGUGUGAGGCUGUGGCAGGAUGCUCAUCAGAGCUAGAUUCCCAGACUCCUGGAGACAAGGAUAAACCUUACAAGUGUCAGCUCUGCCGGUCUUCCUUCCGCUACAAGGGCAACCUGGCCAGUCACCGCACUGUGCACACAGGGGAAAAACCCUACCACUGCUCCAUCUGCGGAGCCCGCUUUAACCGGCCAGCUAACCUGAAAACACAUAGCCGCAUCCAUUCAGGAGAGAAGCCCUACAAAUGUGAGACCUGCGGCUCGCGCUUUGUACAGGUGGCACAUCUGCGUGCACACGUGCUGAUCCACACUGGAGAAAAGCCCUAUCCCUGCCCCACCUGCGGCACUCGUUUCCGCCACCUGCAGACCCUCAAGAGCCACGUUCGCAUCCACACAGGCGAGAAGCCUUAUCACUGUGACCCCUGCGGCCUGCAUUUCCGGCACAAGAGUCAACUGCGGCUUCAUCUGCGCCAGAAACAUGGAGCUGCUACCAACACCAAAGUGCACUACCACAUUCUGGGGGGACCCUAGCUAAGCGCAGCUCAGACUGCUCUUGCCUCCUGCAAGCUCAAGCUUGGCUCCCCUCUCUGACUUGAGCAUGGGAGUAUGCAAGACAAGCCCUUCUGCCCCUCCCCGGCCCCCCUCCCCAAUCAUAAACUGCAACUAUCCUAAUUUCUUCCGGGAAGAGCAGGGGUGGCAGAUCCUGGCUUGAUGUGCCUCCGUUUUGCUGGUCAAAAUCUCUUCCCCACAAUCAAAAUUACUAAAGAGAGCAAACUGGAAGCUCUGAGAGGCGGGGGAAACUGCAGGCCUGGUUUUAAGGAAAUCUACCGCCUGCAGUUCCUCAUCUCAUUAAUUUUAUCUGUAAAUAUAAUUUAUUGAGGCUGUUGGGUAGCACCAAGGCCUUUCACUGUUGCAUGUCCCACUUAUUUCUUCCAUUAUGUGAUCAAAGGUGGCCUGACAAAGAAUGAGGUCACAGCUCUGCUGGCAGAGAUGAGCACUUGCCUGUCCCCUUUGGCUUGAGUGUUUUAUACUAUUAUUAUUAUUAUUUUUAUUAUUAUUGUGACUUUUAUCUUUAGAAUUGUUCUUUGUUCUAUUUGUUUUCUUGUUGGUUUGGUUAAAAUGAAAGAAAGGGGUUCUGUGUGCCCAGCCCCUCCAAUUUUAGGUCUGGGACCUUUGUUAUGGCAGCUCUGGAAACAUGUGAUUUGGGGGGAUGGGUCAGGAACACCCUCUGGUAUUCUGGGCAUUCUAGGUUCUCUAGCAGGUAGAACUGGACUUAGACGUUUCUUCAAGGGUUAUAGGAAACUUUAUAGUGUGCCAGAAAUGGAGUAGCAAUGUCUCCUGGAAGCUGGAGAGAGGGAGUAAAUGGAGGCUGGUGGUCUUUUCUGCAAAGAGAGUAAAUUUCCCCAUAAAUGUGGUCACCUGGGUGUAGCUCUAGCCUUCUAGUGCCCACCCAGGAGCUUGUGUUAAGUCCAGAAUAUUCCGGGGCUGGAGUGAUAGCACAGCAGGUAGGGUGUUUGCCUUGCACGCGGCCAACCCGGGGUUCGAUUCCCAGCAUCCCAUAUGGUCCCCUGAGCACGGCCAGGGGUAAUUCCUGAGUGCAGAGCCAGGAGUGACCCCUGAGCAUCUCUGGGUGUGACCAAAAAGCAAAAAAAAAAAAAAAAAGUCCAGAAUAUUCCCACUGGGACUUGUUCUUAACACUAAUCUGAGCACUCCAUGGGAGAGAUAUCUGAGAUCCGUUAUUAGAGAUGACAAAACCUUUCUGAUUCUGCAAGAAUGUUAAGAUUUAGGGAAGAAUUAUGAAACUCUUAUCUUGAGUGGUGAUCCAUCCUUUACUACAGAAAUAUGUGGAUUGGAGUAGUCCUUAGGAUGAUCUCUCCCUGAACAAGUGCUUUCCCUUUAAUAGGUAUUUGUACAUUUUCUGGAAAGUGUCCAAAUACUAGGAACUUCUUUGACUCUAGAAGCCACAGAUGCAGGGCAAUGUCCUUACCUGUUAAAAUCUGAAUCUCUGGGCUGGAGAUACAAUACAACGGGUAGAGAAUCUUGCAUGCAGCUGACUGAGUUCAAUUCCCAGCACCCCAUAGUUCAGGAAUAAAACAUGAGCAUCAUGACCAGGAGUGGCACAAAAAUAAAAAAGCCCUGUGUGUAACACAGUUAUCACUGCAUUUCUGUCUGGGAAUAGUGAAUGCACUCAAAUCUUCCACAGAGAGAGGACAGGGGCUGAGUUCCAUUCUAUGUUCACUGUAGUUUAAGGUAAUGAUUAUGAUAUUGUUGGAAUUAGUGAGGGUAGAAGGUUUAAAAGACUGACUGUAGGGCUAAAGUAUCCUUGUAAUUGACCAACUACCCAAGUAGGAUUAAGAUGAUAAGUGGUACAGUCACUGGGCCAAGUAGGUAGACAGUUCGGAAUAGGGUUACCUCUUAAUUGGGUAAAAUGUCUGAAAUAUAAGAUGAUGCUUUCAAACUUUUGAUUUACAGUCCUGCUCCUGUUGUUGCCCUGGGACCAUUUGUUUAUGAGGCAUGAGGUGGAGGAUAAGAAGCACUUUGACUGUUGGGUAGAAUUUCCUCAAUGAUGUAUAAGUAACAGUACUUUCACUAGGGUAGUGGGAGAAAGCUACCCUUCUCUCUCUUUUCUAUAUUUUCCAAUGCAGAACUAAAGGACAGGAAAGCAGAGUAGAUAGAUGUGAGAAGGAAUCAUGAUUUUGAUUUAUAGAUUGAUGAUCAGGUGGAGAGUAUCAAGGGGUAGAGGUGUUAUAUCUUGUAAGAUAAGAUUUUUGGAAUAAAGAAGCAUUCCAUUAAUGUUUUCUGUGUCCUUGGUUCUAG